CAAUGAAUGAUUGGCAGAAAAAAGCAGGCAAAACUUGAAAUGGAUUUACUAUGAAUUGAUUGAAGAUUGAAAUUCUUCUGUCUGUACUUUUACAGUAGAUACACAGUUGAAUCUGUUGUUCUGUGUCUUAUCUUAGUUGUUAAAAUGGGAUGCUUGUUACCAAACUGAUCUGUCUUUAUUUUGUUUUCUGAUUAUGGACUGUGUACUCCUGUAUUUUUCCAUGCUCUUUGGAUGUCUUUGGGUUUACUGUUCCCAUUCUGUCUGCAUUGUGUGCUAUAUUCAGCAUAAAAUUCUCUAAUCUAAUUUAGGCAACUCUUUGAAAAUAGAACAUUUAUUAAGGGCUGGAAAUCAAGUCAGACUGAGAAGUUUGUCUUUCUGCUGUUGAUCAAAGGGCGCUUUUGAAUUCUUGUUCUAAGAGUGGAAUAUCCCCUGCUGUCAAAGGCAGCAGUUUUAAAGUGCAGACUGGUAAUUUGUUAGGGGGAUUACUUGAAAUAGCAGUAUAGAAAGUUAUCACUCUUAUGCUAAUUAGAAAGAUUCUUGAUCUCAUCCAAAAUUUGGUCGUGGCUAACUUAUCUCAAUUUGGUUCAUGCCCACUUUCUUUGUCCCUGUGUUGUUCUGAUGUAUUUGUGAAGAUCAGUCAUGUUCCCACUCAGCUUUUGUUUUGUUGAGCUAACUAAAUCAAUCUCUUUUUAAAAAGUUACUUCUCAUAAAAUAGGUGCUUCACUCCAUUAGUCAUCUUUCCUGGUUUGGAUUCAUCAUCCUUGACUAAGGGUGACCUGAGCUGUGUGUAGCUUUCCAGAUGAAGUCUUAUUAGCCCCGUGGUGGUACUCAUAAUUUCCCAUCUUUAUUGAAAGUGCUUAUCCUAGGAGCACUGUGUUACACAGGCUUGUACUGUUCCUCUGGCUGACAUACAAAACAAAGUCCAUGCUUAUUUUCUUCCAGCUGCUUCCCAAUCUGUUGUUCUAUGGCCCACCUGGAACUGGAAAGACUUCCACUAUUUUAGCAGCUGCUAGAGAACUCUUUGGGCCUGAAUUAUUCCGGCAGAGAGUCCUUGAGUUAAAUGCUUCCGAUGAGCGUGGAAUACAAGUGAUUCGGGAAAAAGUGAAGGCUUUUGCUCAGCUAACUGCAUCUGGGAGCCGUUCAGAUGGUAAAGCUUGUCCUCCUUUUAAAAUUGUAAUCCUGGAUGAGGCAGACUCAAUGACUUCAGCAGCCCAGGCAGCCUUAAGGCGCACAAUGGAAAAAGAAUCCAAAACAACACGUUUCUGCCUUAUCUGCAACUACAUCAGCAGAAUAAUUGAACCUUUAACAUCUCGAUGCUCCAAAUUCCGCUUCAAGCCUUUGACAGACAAAAUCCAGCAGCAGAGGCUCUUGGACGUUGCUGAGAAGGAACGUGUUAAAAUCAGUAGUGAGGCAGUAUCUUAUCUUGUUAAAGUGUCAGAAGGGGACUUAAGAAAAGCAAUUACUUUUCUUCAAAGUGCCACUCGUCUAAUGGGCGGUAAAGAAAUCACAGAGAAGAUAGUCACUGAAAUUGCUGGGGUCAUUCCUAAAGAAACAACUGAUGAACUGCAGACUGUCUGCCGAAGUGGUUCAUUUGAGAAACUGGAAGCAUUGGCAAAGAACCUCAUAAAUGAAGGAUAUGCUGUCGCUCAGCUUGUAAACCAGCUACACGAUGAUAUUGUUGAGAGUGAAGAUUACAGUGACAAGCAGAAAUCUGUCAUCGUUGAGAAACUUGCAGAAGUAGACAAAUGCCUGGCAGAUGGUGCUGAUGAAUACCUGCAGUUGAUGAGUCUCUGUGCCCUUGUGAUGCAGCAGCUAACGCAGAACACCUAAACUCCUCCAGCAACGGCUGGUGGUAGAGUGGCUGUUCGUUUCAUGGAUUUGGGGGUUGUGUGCAGGGAUCUGUGUGCUUUUGUACCAUUUUUUUUCAAUAAAAGGACUGCUCAGCAGUUGAA